UCACCGUGACGUCACAUUCGCGCGACGAGUUGAGGUCUGUGUACAUUUAGGAUUUUAAGAGGUUAGCUUCGCUCCUAUGCUGCUUAAUCGGAUUUAACAAUAAUUUGCCUAUUUAUCACCAUUCGACGGAGUGAAUUCGGACUGUUGUACUCAUAAGCCCAUACUGUUUUCGUUAAAGUGGUACGUGUCCUACGAUAGUUUUUGCAUUUGAAGAGCUAGUCUCGGCUAACGUAAUUUAUGCGGAAUGCGCAUCCAUUGCGGAUGUCAGGCAACAUAUAUGCGCAAUACUGCGACAAAGGUAAUUUUGGCCCUUACGUUCAAGAUAAUACCUAAAUAUAAAUACUGACUUAAAUGUAAAAACAACCGCAUUGGUCAUGAAUUCUUCACAUUUAUUUCCCAGUCUCAUUUCUUUAGCCUCUAUUUUUUCAAUGUCAUUUUAAACGUAUUUUCGAGCUUUAAGUGAGCUCUCAGAUCUCUUAAUGACGACAGCUUAACUUUGCAUGUAAUAAAUGAAACGUGUACAUUAUGUCAAACAAUGACAGCACAUCGCCGAGUUUCGCUUGUGGACGGAAGCCACAGGUUUGUUUACCUGCAUUAAGAUACAGACAGAAAAGUCACAUCUGUAAUGAUUCUGAUUGCACGCAGCUCUUUUUUAAAAUGGCACGUUAAUCUCCUGCUGUUCAAGUAUUUUUAGCUGUUUAUUACUAAGUUCAUCCUUGUUAGACAUGACAAUGAAGCAAUGAGGGACUUGCUAUGGAUAGGCAUGGUGGCUUUUCACUCUUCUUGUGAAUGGCACGCUGUCAGUCAGUCAAAUUGGUGUGUCAGUAAACUACAACAUAUCCAUGACUGAGUACUACGAGGAGGGGGGUUUGCUGUAUGAGCAGUCACCUCCCAUGCAUAUCAAAGUGGAGUCUCCAGAGGGUCCCUUUGGAGGCGGGGUCUCCGAGGAUGGUUUUCCCAGAGAAGAUGACGAUUCGGAGGGAAGCUGUGACCACCAGAAUGGAGGGUUGCCCGGCAGCCUGCCCUUCAACGUUGUGGUUGUACAUCCUAACAUAGUUGCACCGGGGAUGUCUUCAGACGAACUCAUCCCAAUCGAACAAAACAGGGGUGUUUCUUCAGCAUUCGCCGCAGGAGGUGUAGGAAAAAGGAAGAGUCGCUUUAGCGGAGCAGAGCUGGAGGUGCUGGUGUCUGAGGUGACCCGCUGUGAGGGGGAGCUGUUUGGUCCAGCAGGGAGGCUUCGGCGCCGUGAAAGAGAACGCAUUUGGGCUGGUAUACUUGAGCGUGUAAAUGCUGUGUCUAGAGUCCCACGCACUCUAAGAGAAGUAAAGAAACGCUGGGAUGACCUAAAGAGGCGUAAUGGUGGUAGACUGGCUGAUGCAAGGCACCGCACCUGCUACCUGCCGUCCAGCCGGGGGGCUGCGAUUAUGGGAAGGCCUUCUCAACUUAGUCCCAGACUCCAGCAAUCACGUCAAAAGCAAAGCACCAGAAGAACAGCAAGUUUUACUUGCUUGUCGGACACUGAUCCAGUUACGGUAGGAGAUGGUUCUGAAAGAGAUGGUUUUGAAAAAGAAGAAGAAGCUGGUGAACUGGAGGGUGAUGAUGGAGAUGGGGAUUGUGAGGGUGUGGACAACAGUAUGGAAGAUAAACUGGGUUUAGGCCUGGGCCUGGGAAUAGUACCACCUCCGACAUCAGAACGCUGGCUACCUCCUUCACCCCUUUACAGUGCACCCUUCCUCAAUGGGACCCCUCAGCCAAGCCCAGAACCGUCUUUAGGGACCCACCAGGGCCCACUGGAGCCCCCUCCUCCACGCGGUUCCUGGCUGGAAGAUGAACUUCGGGGCCUGGGGGAAGCAGCCAUACAGCUUGGUGAUCGUAUGGAACAGAACCUGCGUGACUUCGGCGAAGGGUUCAGACGAGAUAUGCGGACACUCGUGGCUUCGCAGGAGGCCCUUACAAAUAGCUUGCAGCAGAAUAAUGUACUCCUGCAACGUCUGUUGGGCCUACUUGAGAUGCAGAAUCAGCAACCUCAGGCUCAGCAGCAACAAAUGCCGCAGCAACAACUUCAGCAACAGCACUUGCAGCAAGCUACACAGCAUCCACAGGAACCCCCACAACAGCAGCCUUAUCAAGAGCAGUUAUUGCAGCAACCGCUGCCUCAGGAGAAUCAACAGGUAGAGCAGCAAAAUCCAGCAACGCUUUCACCUCUACCGCCACCUCCAGAUAUUUUAGAUGGAACCAGACAUACUGAACCAUUGGCUGACAUUGGUGAUACAACCCAACGGCCACGUCGUGGCAGGACUGUAGACCUUAGACGAAGACGCAGACGUUGACGUUGCCAUAAGAUGGGGGAAAAAUGUAACUGUAUUCGGUUACAGUAAAUGUAUUUAUUUUAAAGCAAUGUUUUCUAAUACUAACUAGUUGCAGAUUGUGCCAUGUCAUAGCAACCACAUUUUGUUAUGCCUGUAGCAAAUACAUAAUAAAGUGUGUGUGUAUAUAUAUAUGCAUUUAUAUAUAUAUACACGCAUCUAAAGCUCAAAACUAUAUCUUAAUUCACUUCUGCACUCUUCUGUUGCUUAUAGUAAAUUACUGACAUUUUACAAAUAUGCUUGCUUAAGUUUAUAUAACAAAUGCGAGUUUAGGAAAAAGGUUCUUCAGUAAAUAUGCUGUGGUGAGGUUAGUCAUAUAUGAAGGACACUGUCAGCUUUUAUUUUUUAUCAUUUUUAUUUAUUUUAUUUUUCAUUUUUUUGAUUCUGGGCACCAAGGUUUGGUGCAAAAUGCCAUUUUAACUUAUCCUUUCAGUAAAAAAAAAAAAUCCAUUCAGAUGCUCCUAAAUUUUAUUACAUAAAUUUUCAGUGGAAAUACAUGUAGUUAUUAGAGUUAUUUUCUGUAGAUUGAUUGCUCAACAACUGCAUGCAAUGCAAGAUAUUUUGAGAACAAAAAUCACUUGUACUUGGAAAAAAAUGUCCAUUGUCCAUGAACAAGUUUUAAUAAAAGCAAUCAAUACAUUUA